AAGCCUCAAGUGGGAGGAGAAAUGCAAAUCUCCUACUGAUGAUGAUGUCAGCGGCUUUGUACUGGGGACUAGAAGGGCAAUUCUGACUUUGGACUUGAGCACUGCCUGGAACCUGGGCUGAGAGAGGGCCAGCAUGUCUCAAUGGAAUCAAGUUCAACAGUUAGAAAUCAAGUUUUUGGAGCAAGUAGAUCAAUUCUAUGAUGACAACUUUCCCAUGGAAAUUCGACAUCUGCUGGCCCAGUGGAUUGAAAAUCAAGACUGGGAGGCAGCUUCUAACAAUGAAACCAUGGCAACAAUUCUUCUUCAAAACUUGCUAAUACAACUGGAUGAACAGUUAGGUCGCGUUUCCAAAGAGAAAAACCUGCUCUUGAUACACAAUCUAAAAAGAAUUAGGAAAGUCCUUCAGGGAAAAUUUCAUGGAAAUCCAAUGCAUGUAGCUGUGGUUAUUUCAAAUUGUUUAAGGGAAGAGAGGAGAAUAUUAGCUGCAGCCAACAUGCCUGUCCAGGGACCCCUGGAGAAAUCUUUACAAAGUUCUUCGGUUUCAGAAAGACAGAGGAAUGUGGAGCACAAAGUGGCUGCCAUUAAAAACAGUGUUCAGAUGACAGAACAAGACACUAAAUACUUAGAAGACCUGCAAGACGAAUUUGACUAUAGAUAUAAAACAAUUCAGACAAUGGAUCAGGUGGACAAGAACAGUGUCCUGAUAAAUCAGGAAUUCUUGACUCUGCAAGAAAUGCUUAACAGCCUUGACUUCAAGAGAAAGGAAACCCUUAGUAAGAUGACGCAGAUAAUCAAUGAAACGGACUUGUUAAUGAACAGCAUGCUGAUAGAUGAGCUGCAAGAUUGGAAGAGGCGGCAGCAAAUUGCCUGCAUCGGAGGUCCACUCCAUAAUGGGCUCGACCAGCUUCAAAACUGCUUUACACUGUUGGCAGAAAGUCUUUUCCAACUCAGAAGGCAACUGGAGAAAUUAGAGGAGCAAUCUACCAAAAUGACUUAUGAAGGUGAUCCCAUCCCACAGCAAAGAACACACCUGCUAGAAAGAGUCACCUUUUUGCUCUACAAUCUUUUCAAGAACUCCUUUGUGGUUGAACGGCAGCCAUGCAUGCCAACCCACCCUCAGAGGCCAAUGGUACUAAAAACCCUCAUUCAGUUCACUGUAAAGCUAAGGCUACUAAUAAAGUUGCCAGAGCUAAACUAUCAGGUAAAGGUUAAAGCAUCAAUUGACAAGAAUGUUUCAACUCUAAGCAAUCGAAGAUUUGUUCUCUGUGGAACUCAUGUCAAAGCCAUGUCCAUUGAAGAAUCUUCUAAUGGAAGUCUCUCAGUGGAAUUUCGACAUUUGCAACCAAAGGAAAUGAAAUCCAGUGCUGGAAGCAAAGGAAAUGAGGGCUCUCACAUGGUGACUGAAGAGCUUCAUUCCAUAACCUUCGAAACACAGAUCUGCCUCUAUGGCCUGACCAUAGAUUUGGAAACCAACUCAUUACCUGUGGUGAUGAUUUCCAAUGUCAGUCAGUUACCUAAUGCUUGGGCAUCCAUCAUUUGGUACAAUGUGUCAACCAACGAUUCCCAGAACUUGGUUUUCUUUAAUAACCCUCCAUCCGCCACUUUGAGUCAGCUCCUGGAGGUGAUGAGCUGGCAGUUUUCGUCAUAUGUUGGUCGUGGUCUUAAUUCAGAUCAACUCAAUAUGCUGGCAGAGAAGCUUACAGUCCUAUGUAGCUACAGUGAUGGUCACCUCACCUGGGCCAAGUUCUGCAAGGAACAUUUACCUGGCAAAUCAUUUACCUUUUGGAUAUGGCUUGAAGCAAUAUUGGAUCUAAUUAAAAAACACAUUCUCCCCCUUUGGAUUGAUGGGUAUAUCAUGGGCUUUGUUAGUAAAGAGAAGGAACGGCUCUUGCUAAAGGACAAAAUGCCCGGAACCUUUUUAUUAAGAUUCAGUGAAAGCCACCUUGGAGGAAUAACUUUCACCUGGGUGGACCAUUCUGAAAGUGGAGAAGUGAGAUUCCACUCUGUGGAACCGUACAAUAAAGGCCGGUUGUCUGCUCUGCCAUUCGCUGACAUCCUCCGAGACUAUAAGGUUAUUAUGGCUGAAAACAUUCCAGAAAACCCACUGAAGUACCUAUAUCCUGACAUUCCCAAAGACAAAGCCUUUGGUAAACACUACAGCUCCCAGCCAUGUGAAGUUUCCAGACCAACAGAAAGGGGAGACAAAGGUUAUGUUCCUUCUGUUUUUAUCCCCAUCUCGACAAUCCGAAGUGAUUCAACUGAGCCACAUUCUCCAUCAGAUCUUCUUCCCAUGUCUCCAAGUGUUUAUGCAGUGCUGAGAGAAAACCUGAGUCCCUCAACAAUCGAAACUGCAAUGAAGUCUCCAUAUUCUGCUGAAUGACAGAAUAAACUCUGACACUCAAAAGAAGGAAGCCAAUGAAAAAGUUUAAAGACUGAUCUUUACCAACAACCAAAUCAUGUUUCUUCAGCUUUGUAAAUACCGGGUUUCCAGGAAAUGGUUGAAGCCUGAAGCUCUCCUGUCACUGACAAAGCACCCCCAUUUGGGAGUGUCAUGAUUGAAAUGCCAAAUACCAAAGCUUCAGAUAAACUUGUGAGAUAAGAUCACUUUAAGAAACCAGUGUUAAUAUCAAUAUAACUAUUCACAGGAGACUCCUUUGUAUGUGUCUGUUUCAUUUCUGAUUGGGUUUCUUAGGUGUUACGUAUGAAUUUGAUUCUAGGAGGUAUGUGUUAAGAUUUUAGGAUAGGUUAAAAAUAGCAAAGCCAUACCUUCAUUACUCAACCAGCAGGAAAGCCUAAGGAAACACCCAAAUAAGCCAAUGUCCUGAGUUCUGGCAGGUAUGAGUCAUCAUGUUAGAUCCAAGAUGGAAGUAAUGAUAGGGCAGCAACAGCAGCAAAUCACAAAGCUUCCAGGGGUGAAUUAUGAAGCCUCCUGAUUGCCAUGUCAACACUGUCCCAAUGAAACACUACAGGGCUCAGAGCUGCUGGUGCCAUCACCAGGGAUGCCUCUCCUAAUAGAAGGAGGUAUCCAGAGUACCCCUUGGUGGUGUGUAGGGGAAACUGAAAGGAGACCAAAACCAAAGCAGGUGUCUUAGUCAUCUAGUGCUGCUAUAACCCAAAUACCACAAGUGGAUGGUUAGAAGUCCAAAUUCAGGGCAUCAGCCUUCCAGAGGAAGGCUUUCUCUCUUUGGCAUCUCCAGAGGAAGGUCCUUCUCAUCAAUAUUUCCCUGGAAUAGGAGCUCCUGCAUGUAGGAACCCACAGUUCAAAGGACAUGCUCUGCUUCCAGUGCUACUCUCUUGGUAGCAUGAGGUCCCCCACUCUCUGCUUGCUUCCCUUUUGUCUAUUGUGAGAUAAAAGGUGGUACAGGCCACACCCCAGCGAAGCUCCCUUUACUUUGGAUCAGGGAUGCUGCCUGGGUAAGGGUGGUGUUACAAUUCCACCCUAAUCCUCUUUAACAUAAAAUUACAAUCACAAAAUGGCGGACAACCACAGACUACUGGGAAUCAUGGCCUAACCAAGUUGAUACACACAUUUUUGAGGGGGACAUAAUUCAAUCCAUGACAUUCCACCCUUUGGCCCCCAAAAAAUCACAUCCUUGCAACAGGCAAAACAUAUUCAUCCCAUCAUAUCAUAGCAAAAGUCUUAACUCCAAGUCGAAAAUUCAAAAAUUCCUCUUCACCUGUGAAAUCUAGAGUACAAGAUACCUGCUUCCAAAGGUAUAAUGGCAGAACAGGCAUAAGCUAGACAUUUCCAUUAAAAAUGGGAAAAACUGGAGGAAAAGAAGUGUUAACAGGCACCAAGCAAGUCAGCAGAACACAUUACAUUAGCCCUCAAGGCUUUGAAAAUAAUCCUCUGUUCUAUGAGACAAUUUACACGAUGGCCCAGCCCUCCAAACUCUAGGUAUUGGCCACACUCUCCAGAUUCUAAGCGGAGGGGCCUGGGCUUCAGCUCUGCCUUCCAGGCCAACUGAGACAGCAACUCUGCUCCCUUGGCUUUAGGCACACCAUUCUACUGGUCCAUCUAACUGGCAACUCCACCCUUGGAAACACUAGAAGCCAUGGAUCCACCCUGUGAAAUCCCUGAGGUCAUGGCUAUACCUUUUGAGACUGAGGCAGCUUGGCUUCUUGUGUUCCAAGUCUCUUCAGCUUCUGCUUCCUGGUUUCUUGGCCUCUCAGCUCCUCGGGCCUCACACCUGCACCUGCCCUGCUGGGACAAGUGUUCCAAAGCUCUGUAGCUCCACCAAUAAGUGCCUAGACACACCUGCUCCACCAGGAAGGCUCCUGUGCACAGGCGCUCAGCUCUCUUGCCCCGUGGGUCAGCUCCAGAACUGUCUGGUGCUGGUCUCUUGGUUCUGCUGCUGCUGGUUCUCUGCCACUGCUGCUUCUGUCUCCAUUCACAGUUUCAAAAUUGCUUCCACAUUUUAGGUAUCUGUUAAAGCACCACCCCACUCCUGGUACCAAAUUCUGUCUUAGUCAUCUAGUGCUGCUAUAACAGAAAUACCACAAGUGGAUGGCUUUAACAAAGAGAAAUUUAUUUCCUCACACUGAAGUAAGCUAAAAGUCCAAACUCAGGGUGUCAGCUCCAGGGGUAGUCCUUCUCUCUCUGUUGGCCUUCUCAUCAAUCUUUUUUGGGGGGACAUAAUUCAAUCCAUGACACCAGGUGUUUUCAAGUUGAUUCCAACUCAUGGUGACCCCAUGUGUUGCAGAGUAGAAAUGUGUUCCACAGGGUUUUCAAGGCUGUUCCUUUUGGAAGCAGGUUGCCAGGCCAUUCCUCAGAGGCACCUCUGGGUAUGUUUCAAUCACCAAUUUUUCAAUUAGCAGUCAACUGCUUAACAAUUUGCACUACCCUCGUGAGUAAAAAUCUCAUAGAAAUAAGAACUGAGAAGGGAAUAACAACUCUGGCCUUGGGUGAGCAAUUUCAUCCCUGAGCCACUUACUUUUCAUCUCUAGAAGAGAUUGGAAUAGGUGAACUCUAUGGUCCUUUGUGGAAACCCUGGUGGCGUAGUGGUUAAGAGUUAUGGCUGCUAACCAAAAGAUCGGCAGUUUGAAUCCACCAGGUGCUCCCUGGAACUUGGGGCACUUCUACUUUGUCCUAUAGGGUCACUGUGAGUCAGAAUUGACUCAACAGCAAUGGAUUUGGUUUGGUUUAUGGUCCUUUCCGGAGGCCUGGUGGUACAGUGGUUAAGAGCUCAGCUGCUAACCAGAAGGUCAGCAGUUCAAAUCUACCAGCUACUCCUUAGAAACCCUAUGAGGGCAGUUCUACUCUGUUCUAUAGGGUCACUAUGAGUUGGAAUUGACUCAGUGGCAAUGGGUUUGAUUGAUGGUCCUUUCCAGCUCUAAUAGUCUAUGGUCCCAUGAAUCCAAUCUGAGCCUAGGGAAAGGGUUUAGGCUGACAAGUGUCAUCCCUUCAGUUUUCUCUGGUGAUGAAGGAGGGGGGAACAGUGUAUUGGAUGGUAACGCAGGUCUUUAUUGGACCUUCCUUCACCCCAGCGAUUUGCUUAGUGG